AUCCCUAGAAACAUGUUUGUUUCCGUGAUACUCCUAUGGCUCUGUGUUUGGCUCAUCAUCCUCCAGCUCAAAGCCCGGAGGCCCAAGAACUUCCCCCCUGGACCCACCACCCUGCCGGUCCUGGGGAACCUUCUGAACAUAAACUUGGAGAACCCGCUGCAGGACUUUGAGAGGCUGAGGAAGUCUUAUGGAAAUGUCUACAGUCUGUUCCUCGGUCCCAAACCUGCCGUGAUCAUCAACGGGCUGAAGGUCAUGAAGGAGGCCAUUGUCAUUAAGGCCACGGACUUUGCUGGACGGCCUCAGGACAUGUUUAUUAAUGACGUCACCCAGAGAAAAGGAGUGAUUAUGGCGGAUUAUGGGCAGAACUGGAAGGAGCAUCGCCGCUUUGCUCUGAUGACUCUGAGGAACUUCGGUUUGGGGAAGAAGUCCAUGGAGGACAGAAUUCAUGACGAGAUCCGUUACACAGUUAAAACGUUGGAGCAAAGCGUUGGUGAGACCUUACGUCCUCAGGUGAUGUUUCAUAAUGCGGGCUCCAACAUCAUCUGCCAUGUUCUGUUCGGUACGCGCUACGAGUACGAUGACAAGAUGAUCAAAACCAUCGUUCAAUGCUUCACGGAAAAUUCCAGAAUAGCCAACGGCCCAUGGACCAUGCUCUAUGACUCUAUUCCUCUGAUUCGAAACCUGCCAUUGCCAUUCAAGAAGGCUUUUAAAAACGUAGAGAUUUGUCAGAAUCUUAUCAGCCGUUUGGUGGAAGAGUUCAAGAAGACCAGGGUUCCUGGAGAGCCUCGACACUUUGUUGACUGUUACCUGGAUGAACUGGAUAAGAAAGGUGAUAGUACUUCAUUUUCUGAGGAUCAGAUGAUCAUGUAUUGUCUGGACCUUCACUUUGCUGGGACUGACACCACCUCCAACACCCUGCUAACUGCAUUUCUCUACUUGAUGACUCACCCACAUGUACAAGAACGAUGUCAGCAGGAGAUAGACAUGAUGCUGGGUGGGAAGGAUCGAGUCAGUUUUGAAGACAGGCACAGCAUGCCUUACACGCAGGCUGUGAUCCAUGAAGUUCAGAGGAUUGCCAACACGGCUCCCCUCAGUGUCUUCCAUGCCACGACAAAAGACACAGAGCUGAUGGGAUAUGCCAUUCCCAAGGGUACGUUGAUCAUCCAGAACAUGAUGUCAGUGCUGAGGGAGGAGGGUCAGUGGAAAUUCCCUCACGAGUUUAAUCCUGAAAACUUUCUGAAUGAGCAGGGAGAGUUUGUCAAACCGGAAGCCUUCAUGCCUUUCUCUGCAGGUCCUCGGAUGUGUCUCGGAGAGAGUCUGGCCCGUAUGGAGCUCUUCCUCAUGACGGUGACCCUGCUGAGGAAGUUCAAGUUCAUCUGGCCGGAGGACGCUGGAGAACCGGACUUCACUCCGGUUUUUGGGGGAACUUUAACUCCAAAACCUUACAACAUGGAGGUCCAGCUCAGGUCCAAACACUGAAGUGGUGCAAAGACGCUCUGUAGAAACAGGCAACAAAACCAAAAAAACAACACUUUUUAAUUUCUAUCUGAAAUUGAUGACAACAUCAGUAUUUUUUAAUUGCAGAUGAUUAUUUCAGUCUGAAUUGUUUGAUACUGUGAAAACAUUAGUUUCAUCCAGAUUGCAAAAAAAGAAAUCAAAGCUGAGCAUUAUUUGAAGGCAUGCAUAUCUCUUGUCAUUUUCAUGUUAAUUUAAACUUUUUAAGUCAUCCUAUGAUGAGGAACGACAGUUACAAUCAUUUUGGUUAAUUCAUGAAAAUUGUAUGCAUGUUCCAGCUUCAGAUUUGUAGU